AUGUCCAACAUCAAUAAUAGCAGACAUAGUAAACGAUCUGGAGAUCAAUGCACGCAUUCACAGUCAACGCAGGACGGUUCUUCGCUUCCCAUAGCCUCCACAACACCUUGCGAUGGCGCAAAGCCCAUUGCUCCCCAGAGCUCCCUCAUUUUUCCACAAAGCCUCAAUAAUACUCCAAAUCUACUAACAUUUGAGAAUACCUUGUUAAAUUACAUAGGCGGUGAUGUGAGCUCGCUAGAGGACGUUAUUUUGCUCAUCUUCGGGUACGGGUCUAUUCUGUGGAAAAAAAACUUCAACUUCGUCGCGGAGUACGAGGCGUCCAUAAAGGGGUACAAGCGGGUCUUCUACCAGGGCUCGCAGGACCACCGUGGGGUUCCCGGCAAACCCGGUCGCGUUGCGACCUUAGUGCCGGACCCCACUUCCAAAAGUCGCGUCUACGGGAAAGCCUUUCAACUCCCUUCCAAUACGAAGGAGAUAUUGUGUGCUCUGGAUGCCUUGGGUGCUCGUGAAACCGGGUACCAAUGUAUUAGAGUAGAGCUGUUUAACCCCUCCUCAACCCUCGGCCACCCUCGAGGAAACCCCGAAAGCACGGAGGAGGAUCACAACGAGGUAGAAUUAGACAUUUAUUGUCACCACCAUUUUCCCCAACAUGAGCUUGAAGACAUUAAGAGUGGUAAAACGAAGAGGAAGAGGGUUGUCUCGCUUUGCUAUAUUGCGACACAUGACAACAAGGAUUACCUCGGUGAGGCGCCGAUUGAGAGGAUGGCAAAAGAAAUCAUUGAAGCAUCUGGACAGAGCGGAACAAACUUGGACUAUUUGUUUCGAUUAACCAAGUGUCUACAAGAGAUGGGCAUAAUGGAUCCGCAUGUUUUUGAACUGGAUGCUGUGGCGCGGCAAUUACUAAAUAACAUGCAUGCUACAACUGCUGGCGAAGGGGCUAAGCUAAAAGAAGCUUAA